AUGGCUCUGGAUAACUACUAUCGCAAUAAAAUCGAGGGCAUGAAGCUCGAGAUUAUUCAAGGCCAGGCUGUUCUACGACGAUUAGAAGCGCAGCGUAAUGACUACAACUCGCGAGUGCGUCUACUGCGCGAAGAACUCGGCUUGUUGCAACAACCCGGCUCCUACGUUGGCGAGGUGGUGAAGGUGAUGAGUACCAAGAAAGUUUUGGUGAAAGUACACCCUGAAGGCAAAUACGUGGUGGAUAUCUCUGAUGGCGUGGAUAUUAGCAAGCUCGUUGUAGGAAAGCGAGUUGCUCUUUUGUCUGACUCCUACAAGCUGGAGAAGAUGUUGCCAUCUUCGGUCGAUCCUCUGGUUGCACUCAUGAUGGUUGAGAAGGUCCCUGACAGCACUUACGACAUGAUUGGUGGCCUAGACCAGCAAAUCAAGGAAAUCAAGGAAGUGAUCGAGCUUGGCCUCAAGCACCCUGAGUUGUUCGAAUCUCUAGGCAUUGCACAGCCGAAGGGUGUCUUGCUGUACGGUCCACCCGGAACCGGCAAGACCCUCCUUGCUCGAGCCGCUGCCCACCAUACCGAUUGUCGAUUUAUCCGAGUGAGCGGUUCGGAGCUGGUGCAGAAAUACAUUGGAGAAGGUAGUCGAAUGGUCCGUGAGCUUUUCGUCAUGGCACGAGAGCAUGCACCAAGCAUCAUCUUCAUGGAUGAAAUCGAUAGUAUUGGAUCCAGCCGGAUAGAUUCAGCGGGAGGUGGUGACUCGGAGGUGCAACGCACCAUGCUGGAAUUGUUGAACCAGUUGGACGGGUUCGAGCCAACAAAGAACAUUAAGAUUAUCAUGGCGACGAAUCGACUGGACAUUCUCGACCCGGCCUUGCUUCGACCUGGGCGAAUUGAUCGAAAGAUCGAAUUUCCUCCUCCAUCAGUGGAAGCUCGUGCCGACAUCUUGCGGAUUCACUCCCGAUCGAUGAAUUUGACCCGUGGGAUCAAUUUGACUAAGAUCGCCGAGAAGAUGAAUGGAUGUUCUGGCGCCGAGUUGAAGGGCGUCUGCACGGAGGCAGGCAUGUAUGCACUACGCGAGCGUCGCGUUCAUGUCACACAAGAAGACUUUGAUCUGGCCACUGCCAAGAUUCUCAACAAGCACGACGACAAGGAAGUGGCCGUCUCGAAGCUAUGGAAGUAG